AAACUCAUAAACCCAUAAACAGCUUCUUGUUUGGUAAAAAGGGUCAUUUUUUUGUAUAUUUAUAUUUCAUUUUGUUGGUUCAUUUUGAGGAUAUUUGAUACCAUGAAGGUUUCUGGCUUUUGUGCUGUUUUCUUGAUGGUUGUCACAGUUUUUACCUUUUUUAGCUUCUCAGGUACCAUCACAAGUCCUUCUUGGUUUCCAGAUUUGGUUGGUACAAAACGUGCUGAUAAAACAACACCAAUUGCAGUUAGCAGAAAACUUAAGGAAAAUGUCAAAAGCAACGACAAAAGCGAUCCCGACGAUCGCGUAAGUCUUGAAGAUUACAACCCAGUUGAUCCAGCACCAGGUGGAGAUCAAAAGGAUGUUAGACCAGGACCAAUUGAACAUGGAACUCCUCUUAUGCCAUUCAUACCGAAAUCUCCACCUCCUAAGCCUGGUCCUGGAGAUUAUUAUUAGGAACAACUUGUUCUUCUGUUUAUGUUAUAAGAAGCAAUACUAAAUAAGGCAAUAAUGCAUAAAAUAGUAUACUAUAUAAGUUAUGGUUAUUCUGGUUGUUGUGAUAAACACUAGUAGUUUGUAAUUUGGUACUAUAACAUAUAAGUGACUAUUGUUUGGUUCCACUUAUCUAGCAUACAUCGUUAAGUUGAGAGGCAAUACCAGAAUUCAUAGAGUUUGUUAGUGUGUAAAAUUGGCAAAUAUGUGUAAUCUAAUGUAUACUUUUGGAAGUAUUAUGUGUGCUUGUUUGUAAUUUAUAAGUGUUUUUAA